UUUUCUUUAUCACUCAAUAGAACCUAUCUCUAAGAUCCAAGAAAUAAAUCAUUUGAAUUGCUCAAUAUAGUUUAUAGAAUAAAUUACUAUGUGUGGUACUAAAACUUUGGUGAUUUGUUUCCUUGUAAUAAUACUUGCAGUUUCGUUGUCUAACAAUAACGUUUUGGUUUCAGGGAUCAAGAAUUUUGAUGUUGACCAUUGCGAUACUCGGUGUUACGGAAAGGAUGAAUGUAUGAACUACUGUAUUCAAGCUGGAUAUAGAAGUGGAGAAUGCGGUUCUCUUUGUAUUCCAUGUCCUAUCAAAUGUUGUUGCCAAAAGUAGUGAAAAUUACUUAUAUGUAUAUCUUCUCUUUCAAGAUUGACGAUUCUAGCUUUGCAUUUAAUAUCUUUAAGUUAUUGGACUUGUAUCUUGCUUUACAUAUAAAUGCAAUGAAAUAAAACAAAACAGUUUUUAAUAAUAA